GGUAAUUUACUAUACUUUUUGUACUGAAAUGGCGAACUCUAUGCAAGGAAACAUUAACCCGAACACAGAACAGCUGCGCCGCCUGAGAAAGGUGUCGCUGCAUAUUAAACUAAUGUGUGAAUAUUAAUGACGAGGCUUGUAGAGUUAGCAUGCCAAGAAACUAGAAGGCGUGGUUUCCGUUUCCAAAGGGAAAGGUGACGUCUAGUAUAAAAGGGCCCCACGAGACAGAUAUCCCAGACUCCGGCGAAAGUUGGCCGUUCUGCAAUCGUCCCAGUGCAGUUUUAUUUCUGAGGUUACUACAUCGUCCUUGCCGAAAAGAAAUGGAGAUGAGUUGCGACACUGUUUGGAACUACACGCUGGAGCCGUCCCUUGCACUGGAAGAUAUCUACAGCACAUUUGACACGGUGGCCAUCACUAUUCUGAUGCCACUUCUCCUGUUUUUCGGAAUCCUCGGCAAUCUGGCCUUUCUUCUGAUGUUGUACCGCGUGCCUAGGAUGCGCUCCCUGACCAACUUUUAUCUGGCCAACCUCGCUGCGUCGGACAUUGCCUUUCUGCUCUUUGCCAUUAGUAAGAGGAUUCACGACUACCGCAUCGGCUCGGUCAAUUUCUCUCCGGCUCACAACGGGGUACUGAGCUGCUUCAUCCAGUAUUUAGUCGUCGAUCUGUCCUACUUCGCGUCGCUGUUCGUGAUCAGCCUGGUCUCUGUCGAGAAGUUCUAUGCCAUCUGCAGACCGAUGCGGCACCGGGUGAUCAGCCGCUGGGACCGAACCAUCAAACUGACGGUGUGUUCCUGGAUUGUUUCGUUAGGCUUUGCCACCACUGUAAUCCCAAGCUACUGCUCUAUCGGGUACGUCUGUAUCAUCUGGCCAGGAGGAGGCGAAUACGACCACCUGCCCGGUCGCUUUGCGUACUGCGCCCCAGCGGCAGACUGGGCUGUACCCUAUGCCAACGCCUUGCAAACUGCGCCCUUUUUCAUCGCCCUCGUCUUGAACACUACCGCGUAUACACUGAUAGUCAAGCAACUCACGCAACGCGUCAAUCGGCCUCACGGUCCGCAGGCAGUUGUGCCGUUCCCCGAUCAAGCCAUCAAACUCCGCGACCAAGUGGCUAAGAUGCUGGUCGUUAAAGGGACGGCGUUUUUUCUCCUUCUUGCUCCGUUCGAGAUAGUCUCGAUUUUGCUGUCGGUAAACGCUCUGAGCUACAGCCAGCGAAUGGUGGCCCUUCAGAUUUGCCGACUGUUUUCCUAUCUCAAUUCAGCCAUCAAUCCGUUAAUCUUUGGUAUGGUGAGCUCUAAAUACAGACACGCCUACAGAGAGGCUUUCCUACCGGCUCGCGGUAACCGAGUAGGGCUGGAGCCCACCCCAGCACACUCACAGGACAACAGAUCAGCCACCCAUCAGAUACCAGCGUCGCAAUCAUCCAGCUAAAUAGGUAGUUUGUGAAGAAAAACCCUCUUACAAUCAGACUUCCCCCCCCCCAUUCAAUGCAAAGUCCUUCCCAAGUUAACACAGAAGCACUUUGUCUUCAGUCUCCGAGUACGAUUCACCAAUCUGGCCCAUCACAUUGUUCCAAGUUCACUUUUCAGCCGUAUCACAGUCUACUUCGCCUUUCCUCCGGGUGACCUGACUAGACUGGUCCCGGCUUUUUCACUGAUUACAGAUGUUCGCCUCUAGCAAAUGUAGUCACCCUAACAGAAGCCAAUCGAUCUACUGCGAGUGAAAACUAUUUACAUGACGAACUCGAUGUUUGUGGAGUAUCUCGUUGCGAAGGGAAGAAGACAAAAGGACGAUCACGAUACAAUGUACUUGUAACAUCGGUAUUUUGAAACAAAUUAUAUUGCGAAGGGAGGAAGACAAAAGGACGAUCACGAUACAUUGUAUUUUGUAACAUCUGUAUUUUGAAACAAAUUAUAUUCGAAGUGUACAAAUUAUUUGCUGGAACGUGUACAAAGUGCUACCUUAUCUAAAAUGACCCGAUUUUUAACUUUCAAAAUGUAAAUAAUGUAAUUACAUAGAGCGUAAUUUUGAAAAGGGGCCGUAUUUAAUGUAUAUAAAGUGUUAUCGAACAUGACUGACACGUGUAAGAAUGUUAGGCCUACCUUAUAAUUGAAAUGAAAAAAAAAGAGUAAAAAAGAGUCACAUUUCAAAAUGUAAAUACAGUGUAGUGUGUUCACGUCCGGAGUGUAAUUUCAAGAGGAAGCGUAUUCAAAUUGUACAAAAGUGAAUAAGGUUACCUUGUACUUUAAACGAAAAGGCUGGUGAAUUUCAAUAUGUAAAUGGUGUUACCAUAGAGCGUGUAAAUAAAAUGCCAACAAACCCAUGUUCGCGUCGAUAUUAUGAUUGGUCCAUGCUCGGCUCGUGCACAUUAUUUGGGGUUACAGGAGAAAUUCGUGUGAACAUCUUAGGGGUUUGGAACAAUUUGCAAACGCAAGUAAAUACGUCUAGUAAAUAGAGUUUUAAUGUCAACAAACUGUACAAAAUUACAUCAUAUAGAAUUUCGCGAUCUACUUCCCAAUAUUCUUGAUUAAAUACCGAGGUGCCUUUACGGCUUUGUAAAUCAUUUUUGACUUUAUUGGCCCUUUCAAAUUCGUUAAAACCGAGAGCUUUGUAUCCGCAUUCAAACAUCAAAAAGUGUCAUGUGAUUUCCAUUUCCGAGUCGUCAGUCGUGAAAUAAGUUGAUUCACAAUCAAACCAUCCGUCCGUUCAUUCAAAUUAAAUUUAAUCAACCAGCCAACAUUUCAACAUGCUUUUGUUCAAAUCGUAUCUUUGCCAUAGCAUCCUUCCUCAUUCGAAUGUGUAUGAAUACAGUGGAUUUUACAAGAAGAAACAGAAAAAGCUUAUGCAAAAUUACAUGACUCGGACGAAACAAGAAACUUAAUUCUUCUCAUAUUAAAACGAUUUUAGUCCUCUGUCAUCUUUGGCAUGAAUGCUUCAAUAUUCCGCGCACCGACACAUUCACAUCAAAAUGGAUUUUCCAGAAAAACAGGGGAAUGUGUAUCAAUUGAAGGGGAAACACACACACCCAUAUCCUCCCAUAUUUGUUUUUGAGUCAAAACGAUACAUUGCUUUUACACAUUUCUACCCUUGUUAUCUUUUCAUUAAUUAACAGUACAUCCCCACCCCCCCCUUAGGCCUACAUACCUACUGUGGACAUUCCUGUGUUUUUUGUGCAGAUAAGAAAACUUAGUGAAAAUACUCAUUUUUCUUGAACUAAGAACACGAUUUGGAGGUUUUUUGUUUGUUGUGUUUUUUGGGUACAAGGUUUCCUUGACUAUUUCUCUUCCUUAUACGACGGACGGCCCCUACCCCAAAAUGCCUCUAAACGUCUUUUUCAGAGAAGGGGAAAUGUCCUGUGGACGUGUGUUCUUCUAAG